CAAAACAGCACUCAUUCGAAUCAGUGAUUUAUUUGCAUAACAAAAGACGUCAACCACAAAACGUCACACCUCGUAAUCGUUUGGGUCUAACUUUAUCCCAAUUGCGAUCAAUGCGCGCUGUCAGUGCUAACCGUUGUGUGCGAGCCAGCUGAUCUCUCGUCAGUGUUCGAUGGUGUUUACAGAGUGCAGACGACGCAACGCAAACGAGCUAGUUUUAGAGCUAGGAGAAGGAGAGAGAGAAGAAGUCCACCGGCUAUUCUUUAUUUGGAAAAACGAGAUAGAGACAUGGUGCGCACUUGUGCAUAUCCAGGCUGUACCAACAAAGAUGAGAGUGGGUCUCCUCAAACUUUCCACCGAUUCCCUUUGGCGAAUGUAGCUUUGAGGAGACUUUGGCUACUUUCUCUGGGCUUGAACGUGGAGCACACCCAACUACCGAAGAUGAGAAAGCUUCGCGUGUGCAGUGACCACUUCAGCGAGGACGACUAUCUUCCAGAAGGACAGACAAAGAAACGUAUUUUGAAGAGCACUGCUGUACCUGCACCCCAGGAUUCCACUCCUGCUGCAAUGGCUGAACCAGCACAGUUCGCAGAAGACGUCGAAGUCCCAGAAGAGGAGGGAGCAUUUGCCGGACUCCCUCAGUCAACCCCAGUAAAAUCCCGAUUUCGCCAUGAUCAACUGAUGAUGGUUCUCACCAGUCCACCAGAAACGGGUCCAAGAACAAAGCCUUCCACAUCUGGCACCUACAUAGCUAAACCUCCCACAUGGAGCACAGCACAGGCAGCAGACACGGGCUCAGCGGUUGAACCAGAGCCACUUGACACGAGCAUGGCUUCCACAGAACCUGAGCCAUUUGAUACAAGCAUGGCCUCCAUAGAGGAACCUUGUGAUGACAACGACGACAGCAUAUUUCUGCCAUUGAGUAGUGAAGGCACAUCCACAAGAACAUCUUCCUCAGACUUGAACAGUGAAGGAGCAGAAAAGAGAGGUUUCGGAGGCUACCAGUUCACCAGCAAUGGAGCCUUUGGGUUUCCGGAGGGGCCUAGAUCGUCUGCUGGACUCUGA